AUCUGCAGUUUGAAGAUGACUGAAACCAACGUGGUGAUACACAAAACUUGACAAGCUUCAUUCACCACUGAAACACUUCAACUAUGAAGUCAAACUAGGUUACCAUCUACAAAAUAAAUGCUCACACACCUACUGUCACUGAGAGGAUAAAUGGCACAGCAAGGAGUUCAAGUGGAUCGAGAAACCAUCACUUGUUCAAUCUGUUUGGAUCUACUGAAGGAUCCGGUGGCUAUUCCCUGUGGACACAGCUACUGCAUGAACUGUAUUAAAUCUCACUUUGAUGAAGAGGACAGGAAGGGAAGCCACAGCUGCCCUCAAUGCAGGAAGACUUUCAUACCGAGGCCUGUCCUGGUUAAAAACAUUGUGUUAGCAGAUUUAGUGGAACAGCUGAAGAAGACUGGACUCCAAGCUGCUCCAGCUGAUCACUGCUAUGCUGGACCUGAAGAUGUGGCCUGUGAUGUCUGCACUGGGAAGAAGCUGAAAGCCAUCAAAUCCUGUUUAUCUUGUCCAGCCUCUUACUGUGAGAAACACCUCCAACCUCACUAUGAUGCAGCUCCAUUAAAGAAACACAAGCUGGUGGCCCCCUCCAAGAAGCUCCAGGAGAACAUCUGCUCUUGUCAUGAUGAGGUGAUGAAGAUUUUCUGUCGUACUGAUCAGCAGAGUAUCUGUUAUCUCUGCUUGAUGGAUGAACAUAAAGGCCAUGAAACAGUCCCAGCUGCAGCAGAAAGGACUGAGAAGCAGAAGGAGCUCGAGGUGAGACGACUAAACAUCCAGCAGAGAAUCCAGGAGCGAGAGAAAGAUGUGAAGCUGCUUCAACAGGAGGUGGAGGCCAUCAAUGGCUCUGCUGAUAAAGCAGUGGAGGACAGUGAGAAGAUGUUCACUGAGCUGAUCCGUCUCAUCCAGAAAAGAAGCUCUGAUGUGAAGCAGCAGGUCAGAUCCCAGCAGGAAACUGAAGUGAGUCGAGUCAAAGAGCUUCAGGAGAAGCUGGAGCAGGAGAUCGCUGAGCUGAAGAGGAAAGACGGCGAGCUGGAGCAGUUCUCACACACAGAGGAUCACAACCAUUUUAUACACAACUACCCCUCACUGUCAGCACUCAGUGAGUCUACACACUCAUCCAGCAUCAAUAUUCGUCCUCUGAGCUACUUUGAGGAUGUGACAGCAGCUGUGUCAGAGACCAGAGAUAAACUACAGGACAUUCUGAGAGAGGAAUGGACAAACAUCUCACUGACAGUCACUCAAGUGGAUGUUUUACUGUCACUACCAGAGCCAAAGACCAGAGCUGAAUUCUUAAAAUAUUCAUGUGACAUCACACUGGAUCCAAACACAGCACACAGAUGUCUGUUAUUGUCUGAAGGAAACAGAAAAGCAACAGUAAUAAAACAACCAUUACAUUCUGAACAUUCAGAUAGAUUCACCUUUUGGUUUCAGGUCCUGAGUAGAGAGAGUCUGACUGGACGUUGUUACUACGAGGUGGAGUGGAGCGGGAGAGCAAUUUAUGUAGCAGUUGCUUACAAAAAUAUCAGUAGAGUAGGGCGCUCAGAUGAAAGUGGAUUUGGAUGGAAUGAUAAAUCCUGGGCUUUAAGUUGUAAAACAGAGCGUUAUCAGUUUUUGUACAACAAAAACAAAACUCCCCUCUCAGGUCCUUGGUCCUCCAGAAUAGGAGUGUACCUGGAUCACAGUGCAGGUAUUCUGUCUUUCUACAGCGUCUCUAAAACCAUGACUCUCCUCCACAAAGUUCGGGCCACAUUCACCCAGCCACUCUAUGCCGGACUUUUUCUUUUUGAGUGUGGUGUUACUGGCGAGUUUAGUAAACUUAAAUAGAAGGGU